GAAGGUUUUCUGGACCAUCAUUUUGUACUGUAGCUGGUACCAGACAAAAAAAUCAUGUGAUAUAGCGGCUUUGGACUCUUCUCACCACUCACUCAGUAUAUUGUAGUGCACCAGCACACAAACCUUACCACUUCAGAAGAGAAAAAACAUGGCGGAUGUAAUUCCUAUCAGAAUUGGGGUCCUAGGCUGUGCUGAGAUUGCCCGGAAAGUAUCCCGAGCCAUCCAGCUGGCGCCAAAUGCCACACUGUCGGCCAUUGCCAGCCGGUCCUUGGACAAGGCAGCGGCAUUUGCACGUGCCAACAGGUUCCCUCCAGAUGCAAAGGUUUAUGGUUCCUACGAGGCCCUACUAGAAGACCCGGAUAUUGACGCCGUGCACAUGCCACUCCCCACCAGCCUUCACCUGCGCUGGGCUGUGCUCGCAGCGCAGAAGAAGAAGCACCUGCUGGUGGAGAAGCCGCCUGCUAUGAACGUGGCGGAGUUCGACAAGAUUGUGGAGGCAUGUUGGGAUAAUGGCGUGCAGAUAAUGGAUGGAACAAUGUGGCUGCAUCAUCCCAGGACCCACAAAAUGAAGGAGUUUUUGAAUGAUACGGAACGUUUUGGAAAACCCGCGCUGGUUAACUCGUGCUUCACAUUGUUGGCCGAUUCCGAUUUCCUUAAAAACGACAUCCGCGUGAAGCCUGAUUUGGACGGUCUAGGUACUCUCGGCGACCUUGGUUGGUACUGCAUCAACGCAAUCCUAUGGGCCGCCGACUACGAACUCCCCGAGACGGUGGCGGCCUUACGAGCCCCUGUUCACAAUGACGCAGGGGUACUUCUAUCUUGUGGGGCUUCUCUCCACUGGCGCGACGGCAGGAUAGCCAACUUCCACACCUCUUUUCUCUCGAAUUUAACUAUGAAUCUCACCGUUACAGGAACAAAGGGGACUCUGCACCUCACUGAUUUCAACAUUCCUCAAAGAGAAGAUCAGGCUUCGUUUACGACAUUGGUGAACCCCAAGUACAAUGACCUUCGUACGACGUGGUUAUCGUUGCCGAUUGAGCACACCAUCGAGACGGCGCUUCCCCAGGAAACGCUUAUGGUGGAGGAGUUUGCGAGGUUGGUUGCCGGUAUUAAGAGGAAUGGGUCGAAGCCGGAUAAAACGUGGCCGGCGAUUAGCCGGAAGACCCAGUUGGUUCUGGAUGCAGUUAUUGCGUCAAUUGAGAAUGGCUUUGAACCAAUUGAAAUUUUGGGCUAAAUUGUUUAAUAUCUCAUCCCUUGGAUUAAUGGCUAUUAAAAUCAAUGGCUAUUA